AUGGCUGGUUCAUAUAACCCAAAGCACUACAGGGUUACCUUUCCAAGCGAAUAUGUUGCCCAUGUAGAGAUCAAUCGAGCCGACAAGCUGAAUGCAUUCUUCCAGGACAUGUGGGUUGAGCUUCGGCAGGUCUUCAACCAGCUCUCUGUAGACCCCAAUGUCCGGUCGAUUGUCCUUUCAGGUGCCGGCACACGCGCUUUUACCUCUGGGCUGGACGUGAAAGCGGCAGCCAGCGGUGUCCUCGGCGGCAAUGGGGCCGUCGAGACGUCGGACUCCGGUAGAGUGGCUGUUCAUUUGCGCCGGAAUGUGGCCGAUUUUCAGGAGUGUGUCUCGGCAAUAGAAAAAUGCGAGAAGCCUGUCAUCUGUGUGAUGCAUGGAAUCACGUAUGGCCUGGCCAUUGAUAUAUCCUGUACCGCGGACGUGCGAAUCUGUUCGGACGAUACCCAAUUUUGCGUCAAGGAAGUGGACAUCGGCAUUGCUGCGGACAUCGGGACGCUAACCCGCCUGCCCAAGGUUGUUGGGCACUACAGCUGGGUCAAGGAUGUGUGUCUAUCGGCGCGCGUCUUCGGUGCGGACGAAGCGAUGCGAGUUGGAUUCGUGAGCUCGACACACAAGAGCAAGGCCGAUGCCGUCGACGCGGCGGUAAAACUGGGCGCAUUGAUUGCGAGCAAGAGUCCAAUCGCGGUGCAGGGCACGAAGGAGCUGUUGAACUGGUCUCGAGACCACAGCAUCCAAGACGGGCUUCGAUAUACAGGCGUCUGGAACAGCGCGGCGCUUCAAUCGGCCGACCCGGCUGCAGCACUGAUGUCUGGCAUGGAGAAACGGACGCCGACCUUUGAGAAGCUAUGA